UUCAUCUCUAAGCAGCAGCUGCAAAAAAAAUCUCAAAAAAAAAAUUCAUUUAUUUCACAUUCGAUUUUUGUAGUUUAUGCGUAAAAAGCUCUGCCCAGAGGAAUUCCACAAAGCGUCAUGGAGGAACUACGCAAGCAUUUAUCCAAGGUGAACGUGCCCUGCGCAUCUGGGACAGGAAGUCCUCCGAUUUACAAGGACGAGUGCGUCUAUUCGUACGAUAAUCCCGAGACGCCCACCGGUUUGUACGUGUGUUUGCACAGCUUUUUGGGCUUCGGCGAGUCGUAUGUGCGUGAAUAUGCCGAAAAGACUGGAAACCAGGUCUUCCUGCACAUCCAGCGGGUGAAGACGCUGAAAGAAGGCCUUGAUCCGGAGGCGGAAUGCGAUCCGGAGGCUGGAGGACCCGAGAGAAAGAUCACCCGCUUGGCCAUCGGCGUGGAGGGCGGCUACAAUGACUCCGAUAUGGCCAAGAAGUACGAGAUCAAGGACACCUACAGCAUCGUGGUGGCCCCGCAGCUGGACAAGAAGCUGCCCUAUCCCGAUCCCGAGCUGCCCAUGCGCGUCACCCAGGCGGUGGAGGCCAUUCUGGCCGCCGAUUCGGCCAUUGCCAAGCUGGAGAAGGCCACGCUGAUGGGCACCUGGGAUGGCGAGGUGCGUCAGGCCUCGAAGUACGCGGAGAACCUGCAGCAGCUGGAGAACGGCAAGAAGAUUCCCCCCUCCGGCUGGCAGUGCGAGAAGUGCGAGCUGACGAACAACCUCUGGCUGAACCUCACCGACGGCUCCAUCAUGUGCGGACGCAAGUUCUUCGACGGCAGCGGUGGCAACGAUCACGCCGUGGAGCACUACCGGGUCACAGGCUAUCCGCUGGCCGUGAAACUGGGCACCAUCACCGCCGACGGCAAGUCGGAUGUGUUCUCCUAUCCCGAGGACGACAUGGUGCUGGAUCCCCACCUCGAGCGGCAUCUCUCGCACUUUGGCAUCAACAUGGCGGCGAUGAAGAAGAGCGAGAAGUCGAUGGUGGAGCUGGAACUGGACAUUAACCAGCGCAUUGGCGAGUGGUCGGCGCUGACGGAGAGCGAAAGUGAGCUGCAGCCGCUGGCGGGACCGGGCUACACGGGCAUGCGCAAUCUGGGCAACUCGUGCUACAUCAACAGCGUGAUGCAGGUGCUCUUCACCAUUCCCGACUUCCAGCAGCGCUACGUGGGCACCGGAGCCCAGCGCUACUUCAGCGAGUUUCCCAGCGAUCCCGCCAACGAUUUCGACAUUCAGAUGGCCAAACUGGGCAGCGGUUUGCAGUCCGGCAAGUACAGCAGCAUUUCGGAGAACACCUUGGAUUCGGAUCACUCCACGGGCAUUUCGCCGGCCAUGUUUAAAAACAUUGUGGGCAAAAAUCACCCCGAUUUCAGUACCAAACAGCAGCAGGAUGCCAACGAUUUCUAUCUGCAUUUGCUCACCCUGCUGGACAGGAAUUCGCGCAACCAGCGGAAUCCCGCAGAUGCUUUGAAGUUUCUGCUGGAGGAUCGCGUCGAGUGUUUGGCCAGCCGGAAGGUGAAGUACAAGACGCGCGAGGAGUACAGCUUCCGGCUGCCCAUUCCGCUGGACAAGGCCACCAAUCUGGAUGAAGUGCGCGAGUUUCAGGAGCGCGAGAAGGCGGCCCGCGAGACGGGACAACGGCUGGUGGAGCGGGACAUCGUGAGGCACAAGGUGCCGCUGCAGUCGUGCCUGGAGAGCUUCUUUGGGCCGGAGUUAAUCGAGCAGUUCUACUCCACUGCCAUUGAAGGGAAAACAAAUGCCAGGAAGAUCACUAGAAUGGCCACAAUGCCCGAUUGCCUGAUGAUUCACCUGGGAAAGUUCACGCUGGGCGAUGAUUGGGUGCCCAAGAAGCUGGAUGUCUCGGUGGAUAUGCCAGAUGAACUGGAUUUGAGCACUUGGCGUUCCGCUGGUGGUUUACAACCUGGCGAGGAGGCUCUUCCCGAGCCCGCGGCGGAGCAGGUGAAGUUUGCCUUCGACGAGGCAGUCAUGUCGGAGCUGCUCACCAUGGGUUUCCCACCAGAGGCCUGCAAGCGAGCCUGUUUUCACACCAAGAACAGCGGCCUGGAGGCGGCCUCCAACUGGCUAAUGGAGCACAUUGCCGACGAGGACAUCGCGGAGCCUUUUGUGGUGCCCAACAAUCGCAUUGGCGACUGCGCGGCCAGCCAGUUUGUGGCCAAUCCCGAGAGCCUGGCCAUGCUGAUGAGCAUGGGCUUCGACGAGCGGCAGGCUGUGGCCGCUUUAAAAGCCACCGAUGGGAAUGUGGAGCGUGCCACCGAUUGGAUCUUCUCGCACGCCGACUCCAUUGCCGUUGAGGAAGUUGCCCCCGUCAGCGAAUCAAAUGCGGCUGCCUCAUCAGAACCAAAUAAGAGCAACUACCGCGAUGGUGGCGGAAAGUAUAAGCUAGUGGCCUUCAUCUCGCACAUGGGCACCUCCGCCCAGGUGGGACACUACGUCUGCCACAUCCGCAAGAAGGGCGAGUGGGUGAUCUUCAACGACAGCAAGGUGGCCAAGUCGCAGAAUCCGCCCAAGGACCUCGGCUACCUGUAUCUCUACAUGCGCGAUCAGUAGAAAGUAGCCCGUAGACCGAUCUCAGUCCAAUCCUUAAAAAACCAGACCCGCUGACUAAUAUUAUGCGCCCUGAAGAAUGGAAUUUAAUAAUAAACUACAUAUUGUACACAGAA